UUUUUUGUGAAAAGUUGAGAAAACGAAAGUAGGAAAUUUUCCAGAUCGAUAAGAAGAUUCACCAAUAUAUUUAAGAGAAAGAAACAACAGAGAAAGAAGUAAAGAAAAGGAUGAUAUUGUACUAUGUUUUGUUUUUGAACCUUCAGAUUUUUGUUGAGGGUUCUAGUUUUAGCUGCCCUUCAUCAAUACCAACAUUAUCUUCCGUAUCGUCCUGUCCGAAAAACAAACAAGAAUGGGAAACUGCAGCAAUAAGAAAACAGUGCGAGGCAAUCAAACAAAACUGCACAGAGUUACACAGUGAUUUUCAGUAUCAUUGUUUAUUGAAUCAACAGCUGGACGGAACAUUAGAAGUUUGCGCACCUGUUUACUUCCUACAAGGAUUCUGUGCUAGCUACAACAUCCAAAAGAAGCAAAUUGUUGAAACGUACGACGAUGGAUUCGAAUGUCUAAAAUACCAUGGAUCUGAACAAUGCCCUUUAAGAUACCUGUCCAAUGAAGCUUACAAAUAUCAGAGAUGCUACCCGUAUGAUGUAAAAAAUGAAACAAGAACAACUCAUACACCACCAGCAACAACAGCAGCAACAGCAGUAGCAAAUCAAAAUAAGGAGUGCAGAUCCAAUGACAACACUGGGGUAGUUGCUGUAAUAGUAAUCUUAUUUGUAGUCGUAACGAUCGUCAUACAUAUAUUGAUAUGGAGGUAUCGAGAGAGGAUAUUGAAGAAAAUUUGUAAAAGAGGUGUACAUGGUGAGGAGGAUGGAAAUACAGCAACACAGCCUCGAAUGCAAGAUGUACGUGAAGAGGAGGAUAGAAAUCCAGAAACACGGUCUCUCAUCAACCGAGAUAUGAUUAAUUCAGAGAGUCUAGCGAAAGCCAAUCAAGAAAAUGAAGAACUGAAAAGAAAAAUUCAAGAAAAUCUUGAGAACCUAGCAAAAGCCAGUGAAGAAAAUGAAAAAUUGAAAAGAGAAAUUAAUGACUUACUCAGUCAAGAAAGAAAAGCUGGAGAAGAGAGAUCAAAGGAAGUUCAGCUGUUAAAGGAAACUCAUACGAAAACAGAAGAAGAACUCCAAAAGAAACUUGCAGAGGAGAAUAAUGAGAAGGAAAAAUUGGAAAGAAAAAAUAAAGAUCACAGUGAGGUAUUUUCAAAAGUGAAAAAUGAGAAGGAAAACUUGGAAAAAAAGAUAAAAGAUCAAAGUGAGGAACUUUCAAAUGUUAAAGAUGAGAAGGAAAACUUGGAGAGAAAGAUAAAAGAUCAAUGUGAGGAACUUUCAAAGGUGAACAAUGAGAAGCAAAAUUUGGAAAGGAAGAUAAAAGAUCAAAGUGAGGAGCUUUCAAAGGUGAAAAAUGAGAAGGGAAAUUUGGAAAGAAAGAUAAAAGAUCAAAGUGAGGAACUUUCAAAGGUGAACAAUGAGAAGGAAAACUUGGAAAGAAAGAUAAAAGAUCAAAGUGAGGAACUUUCAAUGGUGAAAAAUGAGAAGGAAAACUUGGAAAGAAAUAUAAAAGAUCAAAGUGAGGAGCUUUCAAAGGUGAAAAAUGAGAAGGGAAAUUUGGAAAAAAAGAUAAAAGAUCAAAGUGAGGAACUUUCAAAGGUGAACAAUGAGAAGGAAAACUUGGAAAGAAAGAUAAAAGAUCAAUGUGAGGAACUUUCAAAGGUGAACAAUGAGAAGGAAAACUUGGAAAGAAAGAUAAAAGAUCAAAGUGAGGAACUUUCAAUGGUGAAAAAUGAGAAGGAAAACUUGGAAAGAAAUAUAAAAGAUCAAAGUGUAAGACUUACUGAAGUCAAUAAAAAGAAUGACGAUUUGAAAAGACAAAUAGAAGAACAUGGUGAGAAUAAAGGACCCAAAAAGAAAACGGCACCACCGCGGCCAACAGAUCCCCCAAGAGCAAAUGAAAAAGAAGAUCAACAAGUAGAUGAGCAUAAAAAAUCUACAAAGAAUAAACCUGCACCUCUGCCUCCUUCAUGAUCAAACCAGACGAAUAGAACUUAAAAACUUGAAUAGUAAAGUGCAUGCGUAAGAUGAUAUUAGUCAAGUACUCAAUUCUUCCUUCCUCAAUAAUUCUGUUCAUCCUCCGGUACUGAUUGUGAUAUACCUUUAUGAGCCCUGAAUUGAAGUGUAAAUGUAUAAUAAUAAAAAUAUAUAAUCAAAUAUAAAUAUGCUCAUUAAACUACAUAUAGAAUGUAUUAAGAAUUUCGUAAAGUUAAUGAAUGAAGUCAAAUCUUGCACAACCAGCGUUGACAGAGGUGUGCAUUUGAGCGUAGCAGGAACGAUAACUUAAGGAUAUACGAUCCUCAGCCAGGAAGGAUAUCUCUAAAAAUUAAUAUUUAAUUUGAAAUGCAUCAAAAUGAAGUUUGAAAAUAAAUGUCUU